CUCUCUCUCUCUCUCUCUCUCUCUCUCUCUAUGCAGCCUGAUUAUAUAUAUAUGUAGGAAAUUUAUAUACAAAUCAUACUAAAUCACAUCAAAAUCCAGUGCCAUUUGACGGUCCUGAUUUGCCGACCCCGAUCUGCUUCUCGUGCUCUGCUUUGGAAAUUGGAUCUAGAUUCACGGCGGGUGGAUCGUACCUUUUCUCAAAAUGACGGCUCAAACCGCUGUUAGUAAGGAGGUGUCGGAAGUGGUUGCUAAACCCCCUGUUGUUACUGAGGAGAGGGGUGAAUUGUGCAUGAGCUCUAAUCAGGAUCUGCCCAAGCCUGGUUGCAAUGUGAAUAACCAACAGGAUCAUGAGGGAGUAGACGACCACGAUCACAACCAUGAUCCUGACAAUUCCUAUGUUUUUGUGAGUGGGGAGGAUGGCCUCAGUAAAAAUCUUCUUGAUAACAAAGAUUUUGUUGGGGAAAAUUUGAGUGUUUUACCCAAUUCAGAGGCUGUCGAGGUCCAACCCGUGCAAUCAGACGCUCAAAGUAGGAAAUUGGAUAUUGAAAAUGGGGAAAUUAGGGAAUCGCUGGAGGAGGGGGGAAUUGGUGUUGUGGAAGGGAACGGAAGGAGUACUCUUCUGGAUAACAAUGUAGAACAAGACCAAGGGAAUUCCAUUGGUGAUGGGACUGAGAUCCACGCUGUCACAAUCCAUGCUCUGGAGGAGCAAAAUGAGAACAGUGAAAGCAGGGCAGAUGCUGAAAUAGAGGAGGAUGAAGUUCAAACUGGAAAAACUGCAAGCACAGAAGAAGUUGAAAUAGAGCAGGUUCAGGAUCAAAACGGGCAAACUGGAGGCACAGCAGAAGCAGUAACAAGAAAAGUUGAGGAUCAAACAGAAUCAGAGGUGUCCCCUACUCCCAUUGAGAAUCAGGAAUCUCAUGUUUCGGUGGGGUCGGUGUCCCCUACUCCCAUUGAGAAUCAGGAAUCUCAUGUUUCGGUGGGGUCGGAUGUGGGAUUAGUAGAGAUUGGAGAAUUAAAUAAUUUGUCGUCAAGCGUAAAUGUGUCUAGUGAUUGCAGUGACAAGUGUGAGGAUCAUAAUAAUUCAAAGUCAGCUGAGGAGCCGGGAUUAGGCCAGGAAUCGCAAGAUGUCAUAAAUGCUGUUAAAUGUGAAUCACGGGGGUUUGAGGUAAGCCCACAGGAGCAGAUAGAGGUAAAUUUGGCAGGGGAAGUUGCAGAAAAUUUGGAUUGUAAAGUCCCCGUCCCUAAUUCUGCAAAUUUGGAUUCCGACAACCCAAGUAUUAAUGAGGAGAAGCUUGUUGGGGAGGUGAGCUCACAGGAGAAUAUAGAGGUGAAGUCUGAAGGAGAAAUUGCGGAAACUUUGGAAUGUAAAGUCCCUGUGACAACUUUCAGGCAUUCGGAUUCUGAGCACAGUGCAAUUAAUAUUGAGGAGGAGAAUACUAAAACGGAGUUGAAUUCUGACGAAAAGGAAAAUCAUAAAUGUGACACCUCAUUUAGCAACAACAAUCAAGAUGUCAUAGGGCAGGGGUACAAAGAAGAAGAAAUGGUGGAUAAGACCGACUUAAAAUUGGAAACUGAAACUGUUAGUGGCCCGGUUUUAGAGGAAAUUAAAGACGAUUUACCAGUAGCUCAUGUUCAUCAUCCUGAAGAACCUGAUACCCACACUGAUUGCAAUGGAGAAUCUUCUGCUGUUGUGAAUUCUGAAACUGAGAUUGACGUUACCCUACCAACUGACAGCUUUCCCACUUCAAGUUCUGAGGCUCGUGAGCCUCAAAAGGAAAUUGAAAUUUGUGAUCCUAAUAGCGUUGAAGAUGUUUCUUUUUCGCCUGCUGAUGGUCCAAAAUCAGAAAGUAAUGUUGAGAGUGGCCUAGUAGUCAAGGACAGCAUGCGAAGCUGCAAUAACUCAGAAUCUGAAUCUGCACUUGAAAUAGUUGAUUACGAAGAAGGGAAACCUACUUCCCUAGGUGAUGAUGUGCAUGUUCAAACUGAAGUUUCAAGUGGGAAUGCUAAUUGUGCUCAUAGCCCUUGUAUUACUGCUGAUGUGAAAUUAGAAUCGGAAGUUGAGAACUCUUCUAUAUUAAGCAGCAGAGACAUGACUUCUGAGAGCGGUGUUGCACUAGUAUCUGAGGUUUCAAAUGGAUCUACCGUUAAUGGUGAAGAUAUGCUUAACAUCUCCGUGGAGACGAAAGGUGUUGAAAACCCACUAGAUGGACUGGCGGGUGCAGAGGGAAGAAGUAAUGAGAACAUGUUAUUACAAGAAAGCAAGGACAAUGAAAAAUCUCAAAUUAACCAAAUUUCAACAGCUUCACCAGAGAGUUCUAGUGCUGAUAUGAUCACUGGCAAGGACACAAGUGUUGAGGCUGUGACAAAGUCGUUCAACUUUCUGAUUAGAAUUCCAAGAUUUAAUGAUGAAAAACUUAGAGAACAGAUCAUGAAUGCUCAGCUACAAGUUGAGGAGAGGACGCAACUCAGGGAUGCUAUUCGAAUUCAAAUUCAGAAGAAAAGGGCCAACUGUCAAACUCAUGGUAUUGAAUAUGAAGCUGCCAAGAUAGAAGACAGGGCUGCGCGGAAGUUAGUGAGGUCAAAGCGCUUGGAAAUAGAUUCUCUUCAGUCUGUGAUAAACAGAGCAAAGAAUGCCACAUCUAUUGAGGAUAUUGAUAGCAGGAUACACAAUAUGGAACAUGUGAUGCAGCAUGAAACCCUGCCUUUAAAGGAAGAAAAGCAAUUCAUUCGUGAAAUCAAGCAACUGAAGCAGCUUCGUGAACAGUUGUCCUCUAACAUGGGUAGCCAAGAUGAAAUCCAACAGGCUUUGGACCAGCGACAAGAAGUUGAGGAGCGCCUGAAGGUUCUUAAAAAGGAGCUCGAUAGCCUCAAAGGCAAGGUCUUAAAAGCCGAAGCAGCUGUUAUGGCUGCAGGGAAAAAUUACGAAGAUGAAAAUAAAAAGGUUAGGGAACUCCAAGAUCAGUUCAGAGCUGCAGAUGAAGUUCGCCAAGCAGCCUAUGCUCAAUUAGUGAGCCUGAAAAAAGAUUUUUUUGACCAGAACAAACAUUUCCGCAUGUACAAGGAUGCUGCUGCUGCAGCCAGUGAUUACGCCUCUGGAAAAAAUAGAGAAGCACUUACUCGUCAUUGUGUAAAUCAGGUGGAAAAAAUUAUGGAACUCUGGAACACGAAUGAUGACUUCCGCAAAGAGUAUGUCAAAUACAAUGCAAGGAGUACUGUCAGGAGACUGGGAACAUUUGAUGGUCGUUCACUUGGCCCUGAUGAGGAGCCACCAAUUUUGCCAGGUUAUGUUGAUAGAAGAGUGGAUAAUUUGGUUUCAAGGCCAGCUCUGUCAGAUUCAGUGUCAAAACAUCCGAUUCUGGAGCUAAAGCAAGAAACAGCCAUUAAAAGUAUAUUAGUAGAUGAUAAAUCUACAAAAGAAGUGGCAGAACCCAAGAAUCGUGUAGUCAAAACUAAGGGACCGGCCAAAUCUAAAACAAUUAAUAGUUUGGAAACUAAAUCUGACAGGGAAUUGACUGAUGAGACAGAGGAGGAGGAGGAGCCUGUGAAAUCAAAGGAGGAGUUGGAGCUGGAGAGGAAGGCAGAGGAAGUGAGAAAGCAGGAGGCUGAGGCCAAGUUAAGGGAGCAACGUCGGCUUGAGGAGAUUGCCAAGGCUAAGGAGGCACUCGAGAGGAAGAAACGUAAUGCGGAGAAGGCACAAAUGAGAGCUAAAUUGCGGGCACAGAAGGAAGCUGAACAAAGAGAAAAGGAGAAAGAAAAGAGAUUGAGAAAGAAGGAAAGAAAGGCUGCCGGAGCAGAAGGGAGUGAAAACAAUGAUUGUGAAACCGAUCGCAGCUCUGAAAACCCAGUUGAAAAUAUCAAGGAGAUUGAUGUCAAGGAGAAUGCAACUGGAGUAACCAAAAGGCCAUCAAAACCUCAACAUUUCCCAAAGUUAACCAAGACAAAAUCUAUCCCCCCUCCUCUUCGCAACAAAAACAGGAAAAAGUUCCAGCAGUGGAUGUGGGUAUUUCUUACGAGCUUGAUUGUUGUACUUCUCUUCUGGCUUGGGAAUUUAAGUUCCUUUACAAAGGUAAACCUUAGGCGGCAAGGCCCUGUUGUUUCCUAAUUGUUUUUUUGGUCGUUAGCUUGGGAGACUUGGAUUUGGAGGCUCGUUUUGACAACAUACAGGAUAUUCUUUAGUUAUCUCUCCGAUUCUAGAUUGCAUUUUAUUUCAUUAUCUUUGGUUUUUCAGUUUAUACAGUUAAUAGAACGGUUGUGUUCUAUUUUACAUGACUAGGAAGAAUGGAACAUAUUCAAAGGAAGUGCUAUUUGUGAAGUACUUUAUUUAUAUUAUACAGAAAUUCGUCUGCGGGCA